GUAAACAAUGCUGUUGCUAUUAUUGGCUGAGGAAAGCAUGAAUCAAGGAUAGGGAAACUGCAAAGAGAGGUAUAGAGUUUAGACCCAAAGAAUAACAAGCCAGUUGAAUUCGAGCAGUCUGCCAGGCAGCACCGCAGCGUGAAAGUAAUUUAAGUGUGCUGUUGUAGAAAGUCGUUGCCGAGUGAAAGUAGUUUGUGUAUCUUAUUAAUCGAAGUUGUGCUGUGCUUGCAAAGAUGGAUAUAUUAGACGCAAACAUAAUGGAUAAAUCCAUGAGGUCCGUGUUCGUGGGUAACAUUCCUUACGAGGCGACAGAGGAGAAACUGAAGGAUAUUUUCGGCGAAGCCGGCCAGGUGUUGUCUUUUAAACUGGUUUUCGACCGGGAAACAGGUAAACCGAGGGGUUACGGCUUCUGCGAGUACAGCGAUCAAGAGACUGCCCUAAGCGCCAUGCGAAAUCUUAAUGGUUAUGAGAUCGGUGGAAGGUUUCUCCGCGUGGACAACGCUUGCACGGAGAAGUCACGCAUGGAAAUGCAGAACUUGAUGAACCAGCCAACCGAAGAGAAUCCUUACGGUGAGGCCAUCGACGCCGAGAAGGCGCCGGAGGUCAUCAGCAAAGUAGUCACAUCUCUUCCGCCAGAGCAGAUGAUGGAACUGAUGAGGCAGAUGAGGACUUGCAUACGCAAUAAUCCGGACGAAGCGAGAACCAUGCUGCUUCAGAAUCCACAAUUGAGUUACGCCCUGUUGCAAGCACAGGUCGUGAUGAAGAUCAUUGAUCCCGAGGUUGCAUGCAGCAUGCUGCACGCACAAGGCCCGACGCCGCCGACGCUAAAAGUGCCGGAAGCGUCUACUGCUGCUUCUGGUAGUUCCACUCCUGUCGUUGCUCCAGUUGCACCAGUUCAAACGAAGAAGCCGUCAUCACAUCACGGUAGCAAACAGCAAUCGUCUUCCAAGGAUUAUGAUAUGCGGGCCAAGGAUUCGAGACAUGGAGAUCCGCGCGCGAAGGUUGCGGAUGUGAGGCCUACGCCAACACCCGUCCAACCGCCAAUUACAGAUGCGUAUGGUCGUGAUCCUAGGAUGAAUUACCAUGAAGAAAGGAUUCAACCGCGUGUUGAUCCUAGGAUGAGGCACAUGCGACCUGUUAAUUCCGCGCCGUCGUUGAGCGAGAAACGUCCAUCUCCUGGACCAGCGCCUCCUCCACCAAGUAUGAAUAUGGGUAUGCCGAUGAAUUUCGCAGUAUCCGGCGCCACUGACCAGGAAAAAACGGCGCUAAUCAUGCAAGUGCUUCAAUUAUCCGAUGAACAAAUCGCGAUGUUGCCUCCGCAGCAGCGUAGCAGUAUUUUAGUACUGAAGGAGCAGAUUGCAAAUAGCACUCAGCAUUAAACAUACUAAACUAUUUUUUUUUAGCUUUUUUAUAAUGCUUUUUAUUUAAUUAUUUAAUACAUUAAUAAAACAAAUAGC